AUGAAUGAAAAAUAAAAUAAUUAUAUCAUUCUUAGCAUGAUAUAUCCUUAUUUAUUUAAUUGAAAAUACAUGAAAUGUGUUUUAAACAAUUUUAAUUAUCAAGAUGACGUUGUGAUUUUGAUGUUAAAAUGGCGACUACUGUGUGACGUAUAGACGUGUGGACUCUCAUUGAUGUUAAUACUUUAAAUUAAAUUAUUAAAAAUUUCAAUAUUUGUGCUCUUUGCAAUUCAUUACAAUUAAAAUUAAUAUCAGCGAUGGGGGAUCUAUUUGAUAUCGCAAAUCUAAUUACAACUGUUGGUGUUGAUAGAAUAAAAAUUAAGCCGGAACCUGGACUGCCAGAAAAAUCUUCAAAUGAAAUUUUAACAGAGUUAUUUAGCACAUUCGAUGCUGCUGAAGAAGAAAUAGUAUCGUCAGAAAAUGUUGAUCAACAAGUUUCAAACACAAAUAUUGAAAUUGAAAAGCUUUCUAAAUCUCAGUUCAAGAAAAAAAAGACCAAGAAAAAACAUAAGCAUAAAGAUAAAAAACAUAAAAGAAAAUCAAAACGAAAUUCCUCUGACAGUAACAGCGAUCUUGAAAGUAAUAUUAAAAUAAUAUUAAUAACUAGAGAGAUAGAUAUUAAAAAGAAAAGAAAACAUAAAAAGAAAAAACGAAGACAUGAAGAUCAUUCAAGUAAAUCAACAGAUUCAGAUGAGCCCAAAACUAAAAUUUCAAAACUUGAUACAUGCAACAAUGUAAAAAAGAAAAAUAACAAAGAUAAUGAUUCGGAAAAAAAAGAUAUAGAGAAGUCAGAAAGUUUUGAGAAAUUGGUAAUUAAAAAAGAUCCAGAAUUGGAAAAUGUGUUUAAAAAGGAACCUGAUAGUCCUCAAUUGCCACCUAUUUCAAAGAAGGUUCAAGAUGAUUCUGAAGAACAAUUAAUAUCUAAAGUUCUUGAAAAAUCAAAGCAAGGACAUCAAGGGAAAAUAUUAAUAAAAGAUCUUAAAAAUAGUGCAGUUUAUAAUGAUACAGUUAGAGAAAUAGAAAACAAAGAAAAGGAAAAGGCAGCUCGAAUGGAAGAUGGUGAAUUAUCUGAUAGUAGUACAGAUAAUAAAACUCCAACAUUAAGUCCUAGUCCAAUUCGUUGUACUUCUUUGAGUCCAACUUUAGAGAAAGUGGAAAAUAGAGUAUUGAGUCCUAUGAAAGGAGAAGUAACAGCUAGAAAUGAUUUAAGAUUAGUUCUGAGGGAAAAAGAAAAAAAAAGAUUAGGAGAUGUGGAUAAAAGGUUAGAAGGAAUAGAAAAGUCGAAAUUAUAUAUGGAUAAUGAAUACAAACAAAAAGCAUAUAAUUAUAACAAUAAAAUUACAAUGAGCAAAGAUAACAGAAAUACUCAUAAUUGUCAUUCUCAAGAGAAAAGAAGAUCUGAAUCUCGUUCACGUGUGAGUUCACAUAGAAGUAGAAGCAAAGAAAGAGAUAAACGAAGAGAUAAAAGUCGAGAUAGAUACAACAAAAAUCGAAAUAGCGAUCAACGAGAAUCUUUGAAGUGUAAAGAACGACGAAGACACAGAAGUCGUAGUAAUGAUAGAAGCAGAGACAAAUAUGUACGUGGACGAAGCAGAAGUAGAGAACGAAAGGAACGGAUAGAAAUCGAUAAAAAAAAAUUGUUAGAAAUAGCAAGAAGAAAUGCAAUAAAUAUGAUUAAACAAGGAACAUUACCAUUGGUACAACAAGAUAAAGCUAUUGCUGCAAUACAAGCUGGAGGGAAAACAGUAGAUGAACUUACAGAUUUUUGUAAAUCAUUAUCAAAAUCUGAAGCAUUAGGAGAACUUUCAAGUAUUUCUUCAGAAGAAGAUGGAAGUGAAUCUGAGAAAGGUUUUCAUCAUCCCUUUUUACUCAAAGGGCGACCUAAUUCUAUUAUUAUGAAUAUUAAGGAUGCAAAGCAAUUACCAACCAAAACAUUCCAAGAAAAAACAAUAGAAUCAUCAAAUCAAUUACGCUUACAAUUUCCUGUAUCAAGUGGACAACAUCACAGAAAAAGCGAAAAUGAAUGGAUACCAGUUACUCCAAAAAAAACAGAAACAAAAAAACAGUUUAUACCAGCUUCUGCUCCAACUGAAUCUUUUGCUGUAACAUCUUCAACUACAUCUAUAUAUCCAGUGCAAUCAACAGUUUUUUCUCACUCAAUUACAACAGAGCCAAUAGAUAUUGGUUCAAUAGUAUCUCAAAGAUUAGCAGCAAUGAGAAAAUUAAGGGAAAAUCCAAAUGAUGUAUGUGCUCAAAAUGAAAUGUAUAGAGCACAGAAUGAGAUGAAGACUUGGGCUGAAAGUAAACAAAUACCAGGUCAAUUUACUGGCAGUACAGGAGCCAAAGUACUUUCACCUGCAGAGCUCACUUCAGGUUAUCAAGCCUGGGCUCGUAAGCUGGGAUAUUUAGCAUUAGUCUGCAUCCACCUGAGGGUUUGUUACAGGCACAUAGCUACAUCAGAGAAGAAACAACUUCAGCGGCGUGAUGUCGAAUUUAUGAUUUUUUUGGACCAAUUAGUAUCAGCACAGCCUGUUUCGGGUGGGAUGGGUAUGGCUUUACUUCAGAAGAUGGGUUGGCGACCAGGGGAGGGUUUGGGAAAAAAUAAAGAAGGUACUCUUGAGCCCUUGCAGCUUGAAGUAAAAUUGGACAAACGGGGUCUAGUUUCCGAGCAAGAUAUCGGACAAAAAGUAGGAAAAGCGACGAAACCAUUAAUACCAGCAAUUAAAACGUUGGAAGGAAAACAUCCUGUAUCAUUAUUGGGUGAAUAUUGUUCAAAACGAAAACUUGGCGCACCAGUUUAUGAAUUAUGUUUUGAAUGUGGACCAGAUCACAGAAAAAAUUUCCUAUUUAAAGUAAAAGUAAAUGGAAUUGAAUAUAAACCAAGUGUUGUGAGUCCAAAUAAAAAACAAGCUAAAGCAGAAGCAGCACAAAUUUGCUUACAAACUUUAGGAUUGUUACCUGAGCCUAAUUCUAAUCCAAAAUCUUGAAAUUAAAAUGGAAGAUUACUUCCAUUAAAAAUAUUAUCCCUUCAAAAAAAAUGAAGGAAAA